UUCCUCGGCUCCAGCGGCCUCAGUGCCGUGGCAAAGGAGGCGAAUCGGGGUGCGGCGCAGCGCUCUUCUGCCGGCUGCUGGAUCGCCUCUUCUCCUCCGCGCCAGGGCAUGGCAGAGCCAGAGGAGGGGGGCGAGCUGGCUGGGGGCGCCGUCCCCGUUGAGAUCCGCGUGGCCACGGCCCCUGAUGCCGAGGUGGAGGACGACGAGGAGGAGGACGAGGAUCGCCGCCGCGGGCGCCUGUGCCUGACUCCGCUGGGCGGUGGCAGCUGCAGCGAAGACGAUUCCGGGCGGUACUACGGAGGUGGUGGCGGGAGAUCCAGUGGUGGUGAGAAUGAUGGGGAUGGCUUUGGCCACAACUGGAAACCUCCAGAGUAUGAACUGAUCCUGAAGCUGGUGGCCCAGAUUGAGUAUUACUUCUCAGAUGAAAACCUUGAAAAAGAUGCCUUCCUCCUGAAGCACGUGCGGAGAAACAAGAUGGGAUAUGUCAGUGUUAAGCUGCUGACAUCUUUCAAAAAGGUAAAACAAUUGACCCGUGACUGGAGAACCACAGCUUAUGCCCUGAAAUAUUCUGACAUUCUGGAGCUGAAUGAAGACAGUAGAAAAGUUCGGCGAAAUACACCCGUCCCUGUAUUCCCUAGCGAGAAUCUCCCUAGCAAAAUGCUGCUUGUCUAUGACAUCUGCCUGGUUUCUGAUCUCCAUCCUCUGGAUAAAGGGCAAGAGAAUGGGUGUGUUCAAGAGAAGAUCAUGGAGCAUCUUCUUAAAGCCUUUGUCACGUUUGGCGUCAUUUCGUCGGUUCGUAUCCUCAAACCUGGCCGGGAUCUUCCCCCAGAUAUCAAGAGAUUCAGUAGCCGAUACAGCCAAGUUGGAACCAAAGAAUGUGCAAUCAUAGAGUUUGAAGAAGUAGAUGCUGCCAUCAAAGCUCAUGAGUCAAUGUGUGUUACUGACAACCAAAACGCCAUGAAAGUUGUCCUCAUUGGAAUGAAGCCACCAAAGAAGAAGGUCGUCAAAGACAAGAGCCGCGACGAAGGUUCUAGUAAGGGCCUUAACAAAACACGCUCAAUGAACAAGAGAGUUGAAGAACUUCAGUUUGUUGGUGAUGAAUCUUCAGCCAACAGCUCCUCGGAGCCAGAAAGCAACCCAGCAUCUCCCAUGUCAGGACGCAGAAGCAGCUCUUCCAACAAAUUAAGCCUUUCUGCCUAUCAGAACAAUCAUCUCAGCCCAAACGUGUCUCCACGGUCCAGCCCUUGGAGCAGCCCUUCUUCGCUGCGUAAAGUAUCUAGGAUGUCUCCGCUUGCCGAAGAUGGCAGGCUUAGCUUGAGCACCAGUCCCGAGAUGUCGAGGAGGUGUGCAGAUUAUUCAUCGGACAGUAGUAUUACUCCUUCCAGCAGCCCGUGGGUUCAGAGGAGGAAGCAGGCUCAGACUCUAACACAGGAGAAAAGUCCAGUAGGUAGCCCAAUGCAGAGUCCCAAAAUACAGAAUGCAGUUGGGUUACCAGUUGGCGUGCUGCGCUUACCCAAGGGACCUGAUGGUACAAAGGGAUUUUAUAACAGUCAUGAAAGGUACAGGCCCACGAAGAAUGAAUAAGCUUUGUGUGGUACAUCAAACAAGUGAAUUAUUCCAGUAUUGUCCACUUCAAGGACUUGGAUCAAGGCAGUGUUUUCAUUUAAAAAAAAAAGCUUUUCUAUCUGUGUAGCUUUGUAUAUUUGUAUUUGCUCUUAAUCUACAUGUUGUCAUUAUAUUUUUCUUGUUUUCAAACCUCAGCUUUGCUGCAUUUUACUUUUUCUUCAUAUAGAUAUGCCAGCUAUAACCAAACAUUUUAUGGGGAAAAACUUUUUAUUUUGCAAAGUAUGUGCAGUGGUCAGAGUUGUACCCAUUGGUCUAAUGGUAUGUUGAAGUCUCUCAUUCAUGUAAUGUUUUGCAAGGAACUCUGGAGUUUCUGACAUUUUGCUAGUGUCAUAUCUUGAAAAGACAUUUCCUAAUGUCUUCUAGACAAAAAAGUGUACUUUUGGUAGUAUGAAUAAAAAGCUGCAAAAAUUUUAAAAUGUCAUGUCAGACUUAAAGCUGGACAGGUAAAAAUUGAAUUUUGGAAUGUGUAAAUGUGUUAAAACUGCCUCUUUUUGGAAUAUGUAAAUUGGUGGUUUUCCCACUUCAGCCACAUAUGCACUACACAUUUAAAGCAGUAUCAUACCACUUUAAUCAGUCAAAGCUUCCUCCAAAGAAUCCUGGAACCUGUAGUUUGUUACAAGUGCUGAGAGUCGUUAAGAGACCUCUGUUGCCCUCAGAGAACUACAAUUCCCAGAGUGGUUAAACAGUUAAUCCCCAGGGAACUGUGGGAAUUGUAGAGGGAACUGUUCCUCUGUGAGGGGAACAGGGGUCUCAUAACAACACUCAAUGCUGAUAACAAACUACAGUUCCCAGGAUUCUUUGGAGAAAGCCACAACUGUUUAAAGUGGUAUAGGAGUUCUUUACAUGUAUAGUGCAGAUUAGGGUUGCCAGGUUCAGGGCCUGAGACUGAUCCUGUAUCUUUAGGAGAAGAAAGUCAGCCAAGUGCAAAUGUUCUUGCACCACUGAAAAACCACAAGGUGGAAUUCUCCCUUCCCUCUGCACAACUUUUAAAGAU